AUGUCGCCUACCGCACUCAGAAAUGUCGAUACGGUAGAGAUUGUGAAUAUCCAUCGAGAUGACAUGGAAUUCUCUCUAGUCGAUGAUAUCUACAAGAACCUGGACCCGCCAGCAGGCAAACCUCGCACAUUCCCUACUCUUCUCCUUUACGACGCCAAGGGAUUGAAGCUCUUCGAAGAGAUCACCUACUUGGAUGAAUACUAUCUUACCAACACGGAGAUCGAAAUUUUGACCAAACAUGCGAAGAGGAUAGUUGCACGCAUUCCGGAAAAUGCACAGUUGGUGGAGCUCGGCAGUGGGAACUUGCGCAAGAUCGAGAUUCUACUUCGGGAGUGUGAACGGACCGAAAAGAAAGUAGACUAUUAUGCUUUGGACCUUUCAUUGGUAGAGUUACAGAGAACAUUCUCCGAAAUCUCACCUGGGAGCUUCAUCCACGUAGGUUUCCAUGGUCUCCAUGGAACGUACGAUGAUGCUGUCGGCUGGCUGAAAAGGCCAGAAAAUCGGAAGCGACCCACAGUGGUCUUGUCUAUGGGAUCAUCCAUGGGCAAUUUUAGUCCUUCAGGUGCUGCGGAAUUUCUUGGUGGUUUUUCUAAGCUCUUGGGCCCAUCCGAUUUCAUGCUGAUUGGAUUGGAUGCGUGCAAAAACGCGGACAAGGUGUUUAGGGCCUAUAACGAUGCCAAAGGCAUUACUCGCCAAUUCUAUGAGAAUGGCCUCCAGCAUGCCAAUACGGUUCUUGGGUUCGAGGCUUUCAAACCUGAAGAAUGGGAGAUCUUGACGGAAUAUGAUACACAUGAGGGUCGGCAUCAAGCAUUUUAUGCUCCGAAAGUUGACGUGGUCAUCAAUGGGAUCAAUAUUCUCAAAGGAGAAAAGCUCAUCUUUGAAGAGGCAUGGAAGUACGGUCGCAAAGAACGAGAUGAGUUGUGGCGCAAUGCAAACCUCAUUUCCCAAGUUGAAUUUGGGAACUCGACAGAUGAUUAUCAUCUCCAUCUCCUAUCGCCCGCUGCGCUUGAUGUGUCUCUGAAACCUUCGAAAUAUGCAGCCCAACCGAUCCCGAGCAUCGAGAACUUCCAGUCUCUAUGGACUGCAUGGGAUCUCGCGACUAAAACCAUGGUCCCUCGCGAGGAGCUUUUGUCCAAGCCCAUCAAACUCCGAAAUGAGCUAGUAUUUUAUCUUGGCCACAUUCCGACAUUUUUUGAUAUUCAUCUCGCACGGGCUUUGCAGGAAGAGCCCACUGAGCCUAGUCAUUAUAGACUCAUCUUUGAGCGCGGCAUUGACCCAGACGUCGAAGAUCCACAGCAAUGCCAUUCCCACAGCAAAAUCCCCGACGAAUGGCCGCCUUUGGACGAAAUUCUUGACUACCAAGAUAGAGUGCGGAAUCGUGCACGUUCGAUCCUACAAGAGGGAUAUGCGUCAGAAGACCGCGCUCUUGGGGAGGCUCUUUGGAUUGGGUAUGAGCAUGAAGCGAUGCAUCUCGAGACUUUCCUCUAUAUGCUACUUCAGAGUGAUAAAACUCUUCCUCCCACAGGAGUUGAUCGCCCGAAUUUUGAGCAAAUGAGUCACCAGGCGAAGAGAGACGAAAAGCCAAACAAGUGGUUUAGCAUUCCACGCCAGACAAUCAAAAUUGGAUUGGAUGACUCCAACAAUGAAGUCAUGCCAAAUCAAUCGUUUGGAUGGGACAACGAGAAGCCCCAAAGAGAGGUCACUGUGCAUGCCUUUGAAGCUCAAGCCAGACCCAUCACCAAUGGUGAAUAUGCCAAGUACCUGCAUGCCAAGGGAAUUCAAACGUAUCCCACGUCCUGGCUGUCAUGCCCGGGUCAAGACAAGCCUAUUUCCAAGGGCAUUGGCUCCUCAGGCGCCUCCGCCGGUUCGAGCUCCAAUACUGCGGCAUUUCCUCUGGAGGACUUUGCAGUUCGAACUAUGUUCGGACCUGUGGCCCUUCAAGUCGCACAAGACUGGCCAUUGAUUGCUUCCUACGAUGAAGUAGCUAGCUAUGCAAAGUACAUGCAAUGCAGGAUCCCCACGUUUGAAGAGACUAGAAGCAUAUAUCACUACUCGGACCAACUCAAAAGCCAUCAAAUUACGGAUGGCUCCAGUAAUGGGGUCAAUGGGUUUGCCAAUGAUAGCAAGCCCAGCUCUACUGAUCAGACUGUUUUCCGUGAUCUUACCGGGUGUAAUGUUGGUUUCAAAAACUGGCACCCUGUUCCUGUCACACCCAACGGGGAUCAUUUGGCCGGCCAGGGCGAAAUGGGAGGUGUUUGGGAAUGGACUAGCACACCAUUGAUGCCGCAUGAUGGCUUCAAACCUAUGGACAUCUACCCUGGAUACACAUCGGACUUCUUUGAUGGUAAACACAACAUCGUUCUCGGGGGCUCCUGGGCUACUCUCCCUCGUAUUGCUGGCCGGACUACUUUUGUCAAUUGGUAUCAGCAUAACUACCGUUAUACAUGGGCGGGUGCACGUCUAGUUAGAGAUCUAUAG